CGUGAGAUGAUUCUGAACGAUUCUCGCGUACCGAUCACAGAUUUUAUUCACGUUCGAUCGAUGGGUGUAGGUAGAAUGCAACUGUGUUGUACAUUUCUGUGGCUUUCACGUCAGUGCGAAGAUUCCAAGCGAAAGGUUUAGAAGAAAUGAAAAUGAGACGCACCGAAUUACAAGCACAGAUUGAGAGUCAAGAAGAAGAGAAAAAUUAUUUGCAAAGGGAAAUCGAGAAAUUAUCUCAUAAAUUAACACGUGUAAAUGAUAGUUUAACUAAAAGAAUAGCUGUUAGGAAUGAAUAUGACAGGACUAUUACUGAUACAGAAACAGCAUAUGUAAAAAUUUUGGAGAGUUCACAACUUUUAUUGAAUAUGAUCAAGAGAGAAGCUACCAAUUUGGACCAAACAUUAGUUAAAACCAAUAUGGAUAAACAAUGAUAUUAGUGAGAAA